UAGGUAAUUGUACCAGACAUAUUUAAACGUAUGCCAUAGCAUGUAUAAACUUGUAUGUAAUUGGCUUAAUGGUAAGUACAAAAAAACUUGUAAAUACAGAGAAAAAGUGUUUGGAGUGAGAAGCAUGACAGAAGCCGUCAUUUUGGCAAAAAGGUAAUAGUUGACAGAAGUUCACUCAAAAAAUUAACUGUGGAAAGAGCCUACAAUGAACAUUUUUGUGGUGAAAUAGAAUUGGUGUAUGGUUCUCACAGAGCUUCCAUUAAUCAGAGUUUUUGUGCCUUCUGUUACAUGAUCAGAGCUCACAGUUUGCAAAGUCCUUUUGCCCUCAGGAUGUUUAACCCCAAUCCCUACUUAGUUUUGUUCCAUUCAUAGUUUAGAUGGUCCUGUAAUGAUAGGGAAGAGUAGUGCUUUUUUUUUUAAACAAAGUAAAGGUGCCAUUAUUCAUAUAUAAAGUUCUCCUGACUUUCCCCAAUUUUUCCCUCAGGGCUUGGGAAAGCCUCCCCCAAAGAUGCAGGUACUCAGUACUAUUGAGUACUGCCAUAAGCAAAGCUCUGGGGAAGACCACAGGGUUCAUAGGAGUGAAAAUCAUCUUUAAACCAAGGGGAAUGAGAUGCAUCAGUAGUGAUAACUGUUGAGGCGACAGUUGCAGCUACCAACAAGGAGAGCUUAUACCUAGGUAUAGUCACAGUGUUAGAAAGUGAAGUUCUGCUGGGCUAUUUAAAGUCUAACUGGGUUACCAUGGACUUCUUUCCCUUUCCCAAUGGAAGCUCUGUAAAAAAAAAUUAGGAGAGUAUUUGUGAAAUUGACUAUAUUGUUCAGAUCACAUGAUAACAUUUCUAUAAUAAAUCAUACUCAGCGUGCUAAUGCGCGAAGAGACUGAACUGAAGACGCUCCAGACUCAGAUAGCAAAAUUAUAAGCCUACUUCAUGAUAAGAACCAACUUCUUCUUAAAACAGGCAAGAAGACAUGGGUCCAAAGAAAAGUCCUCCAAAAAGCACAAAUCGGAAGACCAUAAUGACAAAGAACACUCUUCUGAUAAAGGGAGAGAGAGCCUGAAUACCUCUGAAAAUGGUGAGGAUCGGCAUAAGCGCAAAGAGAGGAAAUCCUCAAGAGGUCGGAGUCAUUCAAGGUCUAGGUCUCGUGAAAGGCGUCACCGUAGUAGAAGCCGUGAUAGAAAAAAGUCACGUUCUCGAAGCAAAGAGAGAAAGCGGCGUGUAAGAUCACGUUCUAGAUCAAGAUCUAGACACAGGCAUAGAAGCCGGAGCAGGAGCAGAACGAGGAGCAGAAGCAGAGAAAGAAAGAAGAGACCUGAAAAACCCAGAAAAUUCAGCAGAAGUCACAGCCGAAGUCCUAGCCCUCCGCCCUUUAGGGGACGAAAUACAGCAAUGGAUGCCCAAGAAGCAUUGGCCAGAAGAUUGGAAAGAGCGAAAAAACUUCAAGAACAGAGAGAGAAAGAGCUUGUUGAAAAACAGAAGCAACAGGAAAUGGCUGCUGCGGCGGCUGCCACUGGUAGUUCUGUCAUCAAUGUUGCAGCUCUUCUGGCCUCCGGAACUCAAGUCACUCCCCAGAUUGCUAUGGCAGCUCAAAUGGCGGCCCUGCAAGCAAAGGCCUUGGCAGAGACAGGAAUCGCUGUACCAAGUUACUACAACCCAGCAGCAGUGAAUCCAAUGAAGUUCGCCGAACAGGAAAAGAAACGGAAAAUGCUGUGGCAAGGCAAAAAAGAAGGGGAUAAAUCACAAUCUGCAGAAAUCUGGGAGAAACUGAACUUUGGAAAUAAGGACCAAAAUGUCAAAUUUAGAAAACUAAUGGGUAUCAAGAGUGAGGAGGAAGCUGGUAGUAGUUCAGUGGAUGAAGAAAGUUAUAAAACUUUGAAACAGCAGGAAGAAGUAUUCAGAAAUCUAGAUGCACAAUAUGAAAUGGCAAGGUCACAGACUCACACACAAAGAGGAAUGGGAUUGGGAUUUACGUCUUCAAUGCGAGGAAUGGAUGCUGUUUGAAAGAACAUGAUCUUGAAGCUUGGGACUUUGACGAAGAUUCUUGUUCCAAUAUUGGGUCCUUGUUCACCAAAAGCUAGCAUUCUAGCUUGCAUGGGUGUUGCAUUGACUUUAAUUUAUUGACAUUACAAGUUUUGUAAAUAUCAAAUCAGUGAUAACUGGUGUUCUAUGUUGUAAUCAGGUUAUACUCACUUCCAUUAUACUUGACAGAGCUACAGAAGGACAACAUUUUAGUUUUGCUUUUCAAAAUAGAGCAGGUGAGGAGGGUAAACUCACACCUGGAUAUUUUGUGUCCGCUGUCUUGUGUACUUUUGUACUUUAACCUUGUACAGUUAUUUUCAACUAUUGAAACAUGAAAUGCAUUGUGUAGGUGUUAUUUAGCAGACUGGGCCAAUGACUACAUAAUACAGUGCAAAAACCUGGUUAAUAAAGAUGUUUUUUUCUCAAAAGUACUGUUAAUUUUACUGGUUCACUUGAAUUGCUAACAGUUCUUAACUUUGUAGAAUUGAUUUGAGUUUCACACUGUAUUUUGGGGGGAAAGCUCAUUUCAUCACUGCAGAUUUGAGCAAAACAGUAAAAAUUACUAAAUGUCAGUUUUCAUGAAUGUAUGCAUUGUCUGUAUUCCUGUUGCAGGGUAUGCAAUAGGCAGUAAUAUAUUAGGUCAGUGAAACAUGCCCAGUUCUGUUUAUAAGAUUAAGAUUUCUGUUUAUAAGAUUUAGCCUAUUACACUUGGCUAUUCUAACACUCCCUCGUGUUUUGCCAACUGAGUAAUACUUCCUUUACUUAGGUCCAAAGAUUCCCACACUGGGUACGUUAGUCCUGUUUGUUGGGCGUUGGCCAGCAAAGUUUUGAUUUAGGCAUUUUUUUUAUGCUGCCUCCCCAAUGCCCUUUUGUCCUUAACCAGACUUCAGCCUGCCUCAGCAAAUUAAGGGGUAGGUUCUGUGCCUGGUCUCUCUAGCAGGAAUACAUGAUGACAAGGAGCCUUAUGCCGAGUGAGAAAAGCAGAUUGCCCCCAGCUACUCCAGUCAAACUUUCUCUUGUAGCAUGACUGCUUCCCUCUUUUUAUUGUUGAUACCUUCAUAAGAUACUGGGCUUGUUAUGCGCAUAAAUACGUAAAUAGAGCCCUGCUGGAUAAAACCAGUGGUUCAUCUAAUCCAGCAUCCUGCUUCUCUUGGUGGCCAACCAGUUAAUUCUGGUGGGCCAACAACAGGGAAUAGUGGCUGAGGCCUUCCCUGAUGCAAAACAUUGAUGCAGUCCAGUCUAUAUUUUAAAAAUUAGUCUUAUGCAGAAUUGUACUUACACACCCCACCCUAUCUAAUAAAUAGAAGUUGCUCAGCAUCAGUGCCUCAGAAGUAGUAUAUUUUGUAGCUGUAACUUCUGUUUGCUGAGAGACACUAUCAUAUGGGGCAUCUCCCUAAAGGUAUCCAGAGCUAGUCUAAGGUGUAGGUUGUCUAAUAGAGUUCUUGGCUAGGAAUGUUUUUAAGCACAUGUUGCUGUAUGCUAUUGAACAUAUUAAUAAAACCUAGAAAAGCAAAA